ACAGCCAAAUCCACAACACACCCUACAAUCUUUCUCUACAUCUCUCCCUCUCUCUCUCUCUCUCUCUCUCUCUCUCUCACGCACGUACACAAACACACACACACAUCUUUAGCCACCCUCAAGUGAGUGAAAAAUGAAGGCAUCAUACAUUGCAGUGUGUGCUCUGCUGCUGCUGCUCCUAGCCAGAGCACAGAUAACAGUGGCAGUAACAUGCAACCCCACGCAGCUGAGCCCUUGUGUGAGUGCAAUCACAUCUUCAAGCGCACCAUCUACAGUUUGCUGCGGUAAGAUCAAAGAACAGAAGCCCUGCCUCUGCCAAUACCUCAAGAAUCCCAACCUCAAAAAGUUUGUGAACUCCCCCAAUGCCAGGAAAGUUGCAAACACUUGUGGAACUCCCUUCCCCAAGUGCUAGAUGGCUGAAACAGUGAAGGGAAUGCUUCUCCAUCCUAUAUGCGCCAAGCUUCUUUGGUGCAUUGUGUCAAGGGUGGAGAUUAAUUAGAAGGUUAAUUAAUUUUAUGUUAAAGUUGGUGUGGUCUGUCAUAUAUAUAUCUUGUGCUAGCUAGUAGUAGCAGUGUUUGUGCUGGAAAUAAUAUUGGGGGUCAUGCAUGCGCACAUGUUCCCACAUUGAGUC